AUAGAUACAUGUAGCGUGACGAUUAAAAGUCAAAGUUAUCUAUUUAUUUUUACUCUAUUAAAUUGAAUAAAUUAAAGAUCAAAUCGUGAGAGAGGAAUACGUUAAAAAGAAAAGUCAGAAGGAUAAAGUGUAAUAUAAAAAAAAGAGAUAGUCGCGGGUUUGCUCAGUGCUGCCGACGGAAGAACAUAUGUUUUAAAAGCAGGUGGCGCAAGCGCAGUGAACGCUUCCGCGCGACGUUACCUAGCCAUCUUUCCAGUCAAGCCAAAAGUGAUUGUUUUUCAACUAUAGUCUUAUUUAAAGGAACUUUUAUUAAUGUCAGAACCACAGUCCGCACUUCUACUCAGAAAACAAUUAGCAGAAUUAAAUAAAAACCCAGUUGAAGGGUUUUCCGCUGGUCUCAUUGACGACAAUGAUAUUUAUAGAUGGGAGGUGCUUAUUAUUGGACCUCCGGAUACAUUGUAUGAGGGUGGCUUUUUCAAAGCACAUCUGCAAUUUCCCAAGGAAUAUCCACUAAGGCCACCAAGAAUGAAAUUCAUAACAGAAAUUUGGCAUCCAAACAUUGAAAAAAAUGGUGAUGUUUGUAUAUCUAUUUUACACGAGCCUGGUGAUGACAAGUGGGGUUACGAGAAAGCUUCAGAAAGAUGGCUGCCAGUUCACACUGUUGAGACGAUUCUUAUCAGUGUAAUUAGUAUGCUUGCAGAUCCCAAUGAUGAAAGUCCAGCAAAUGUCGAUGCUGCCAAAGAAUGGAGGGAAAGUUAUACAGAAUUCAAAAGAAAAGUGGCAAGAUGUGUUAGAAAAAGCCAAGAAGAGUGUAUGUAGGGUAUGAAAAAAUAUUUACGUGGUUAUUUAAUUCUGGAGAGCCAUAAGCACUGUGAAAACUGACCGAAGUUAUGCAUAAAGCUAACGAAAAACGGUGCCACAAAACAUGGAUAACAGCCUGAAACUCAUCCUAUUGAUAUGAAAAGUUGUAAGCUCAUACCCGAUUCUGUGAAAUCUUUGGGCUGAUACUAAAGCAAUGAUAUCCCCUUAACUGGAAAACAGAAAUAUGGAAGGUCAUAUGCAACUCACUUUAAAUUGCUACACCAGUUAAGAAAAGUAAUUUACAACUAUUCAUAAUAUAAAAAAUCGUCUGUAUGAAUGCUACCUUAAUAUUAACAGUUAUCGUAAGCUUAACGUCAUAAAAUUUACCUACUACCUUGCUAUUUUCCACGAAAUUUUAUCAACAUUUUUUCUAACAUUCAACACCCUUGUCGCGCAAUUAAAAAAAAAUUGAUUGUUUACCUUCAUUACUAUAUGAUUCUGUAGCGUUGUUUCAUAUUUUCUUACUUUCGUAUAAUAUAAAUAAAUUUUUGUAAAGUCGAAUGAAGUGAAAAUAACGAUCGUUGAAUGUAAUGCCAAUGAUGAAAAUAUACAUAUGAAUUACUACUUUACAAUGUAAUAUUCAUAAAUAUCACACUGAUUCCGAUCAUAUAUUCAUGUCACUAUUUCACGAGUGUAAACAUGAUUCUCUAUGAGAAGUCAACGCUCAAUUACUUAACAAUUUUACAUGAGUGAAAGAGAAACGCAAGCAAAUAUUUUUUGUUUUUGUUGCGGAAACCUACUAAAUAAAUUUAGUUUUCUGCAGAAAAAUAUAAAAGUACGAUAUUUAGCGUUAUCUACUUUUAUACUUUUCUGAAGAAUUUAUCAUAAAAAACUAUUAUCAUGCUACGUUUGUUUGUACUAUAAUUCUUUCAAUAUUAAAUUUUAUCCACAAGUUGCCAAACAAAUACUUUUACAAGCAUCAGAAUCAACGCAAAUUCAUUUUAUUUUCGAACGAGCAACAUUAGAAUUCAAAUUUGAACAAUUUUAUCGUAAAUGUAACUUGGAAUUUUUGUAAUUUAUUCAAAUUUGUGUAUUUUUUGCAUUGUAUUAUUUUUUAAUCUAAUAGAAAUAUUUUACAGUA